AUGACAACUCCAGUAUCUCAUUUGCUCAACUUUCCGGACGAAAUUCUCCUAGAAAUUUAUAAAUAUCUCUUGAAUGUCCAUGUUCUCUACGCAUUUUACGGCAUCAAUAAACGUUUAAAUGCGAGUAUAUCUGAUUAUUAUCAACAUAUCUCGUUGACUAAUAUAGCAUUUGGUCAAUCGGCUAAUCUUUAUCGUUUCAUUUUACCUCACAUUGGUUCGCAAAUUCGUUCUUUAACAAUAAAUAACUGCCGAUCGGUUUUGCAAGGCAAACUAUUCUCUCAAUAUUUCUCCCAUCAAAUGUCACAUGUCUUUCGUAAUCUACAAAAACUACGCCUACUUUGUUUUACAGCCGAUGAAUUGCAUCAGUUUUGCAAAACUCUAAACCACAUGGAAUGUCUGCAUCAAGUCGAAAUCGGCGACGUUCUUACCGAUCAAUUAACAUUAUUUGAAGAUGUUAUCAAUAGUAAUCCUGAUCGCAUCACUUCCAUUCAAUUCAAAACCUCCUAUAUAACGCCUCCGACAAUAGUUUGCAGUAAUCUUCUCGAUCUGACUAUUUCAUUACAAACACUCGAUAAAGUCUUAUCACUGUUUGCUAUGAUUCCAAAUAUCCAACAAUUGAAUAUCACAAUCGAUGAAACUAGCCUUGCACACGUUUCGUUCGAUGCCGCUCAACCGCUGGUUCAUCUGAAAAAGUUUUCUCUUCGUUAUUUCAAUCAUUACUGGUCAUUCGAAGAAAUCCAGUCUCUGCUGAAACAGAUUCCAUACAUCGAACAUCUUUCCCUUCAGUUAUCAUCCAGCGAUACAUAUUUCGUUGAUCAAGAACAAAAACUAAUGGAUUCUUUGCCAGAAACUGUGCGAGAAUUUCAUUUUUCACUACGAUAUUAUUAUGACACGACCGAAGAAAUCGAUUGUCAUGCGUUAUUCAUCGCUCGUUUCCCGAUGAUCUGUUUGAUCGAUGAAAGUCUACAACAAGCGAUUAUACAUACGAUACCAUAUCGAUUCUCACUCUUACAUCUCUCAUUUCCGAUGGCAAAACGAGUUUCAACAUGGAAAAACUAUCUUGACGUAGAGAAGUUCGCCAACUACCAAGGAAUGACUCUAGCAGAAUCUUUAUUAAUUAUCUCAAACUGUCGAAAAAUAAAGGAGAUCGAUAUUCAAUACGACAAAAACGAACAAACACCAGCAGUUCAACAACCAAUCGUAUCAUUGCCGAAUUUGUCUCGUUUGAGAUGUAUUUGGUUACUACAUCCCUGUCGAGAACAUCAAUCGUUCAAAUCAAUUCUUCGUGCUGCACCGAAUCUAUCUGAAUUAUUCAUUGCAUUUGAUAAUCUCCUGCCCGCAUUUGAUGAUCAGGAGAUUUGUAAUCUUCUGAGCAGACGUAUUAUUCAUUUGUUGAUCUUGCGUCCGGUAGCUUCAACACCAACGGCAAUAACUGAAGAUCAUAUUCCGAAAUUAAAAGCGAUUUUUCAGCAACUUCGUCAUCUACAAAUCGAUGUCACAAAUGGUCCAUCGAUCGAUUCAAUUGUUUUAGCAGUUGUCAAUGUAUUCAAAGAACAAUGUCAAUUGACUUCGCUUGUUGUCGAAGGACAAUCGUCAUGUGAAGAGCUGAAAAGCAAUGCUCGACAAUGGCUUAUUGACCAUUCUCGUUUGUCAUCCGAUAGCGAGUUCGAUGCUGAAUUUCGCCAUCAGACAAAUCGAUUUUUACUUUGGAUGUAA